AUGACAAAGAAACAUAGUAGAAAUUCAAGUAAAGAUAAUAAUAAUAAUAAUGGAACCCGUAGCAAUGGAGAUGAGGUAAUGGUCGAUGAAUCAUCUUCCUCUUCUACCUCUUCUGAUGUUCAACAGCAACAAGAGAUUAAAAAGACAAAAUAUCAUAAUAACGACAUUAACGAUAACAACAAUAACAAUACUACAACUACAACUACAACUAAUAAUAAUAAUAAUAAUCAUAAUAGUAUGAUUAAUGAUAUGAAUAAUAGAUUAUCAUUUGAAAAUGCAACUCCAAUCGAUCAAAUGAAUAAUCCAAUCGAUAUUUUGAGAGGAUUUGAUGAUAUUGGUAACGGUGUUAUCAGGGACAAGGACGGAAAGGUAGAUUUCAUCGAAAGUGUAAAUAGAGUAUCAUCUUAUGUAUCUACCUAUCUCAAAAAGACACCACAACUUCAUUAUGAACUCCUUUCACAACUCUUUAAAUGCAAUGUCCAAUUAAAGUUGGAGAAUUUGCAAUUGUUUGGUGAUGUCUAUGUUAGAAAUUGUUUUAGUGUAUUGAUUGGAAACUAUUUCAACCAGGUAUCAACCAUCAAGAAAGAACUCAGAGAGGUUGGAGGUUAUGUUUCUGUCAUGGAUCCAGAUAAAUUUGACCUUCAAGCAACCUUUGCCGGUAUAGUCCUUACUGCAAUUCAUCUAAAGAUGAAAUUUAUCAUCUAUGUUGCUCCUGGAAAACUUAAUAUCUUACAAGUUGUUCAAUUAUAUAUGUGUCAUGCAAGAGGAGCUAAAAUAAUAUUUCACAAAGGUGAUACUCAAACAUGUUAUCAAAGAGCCAAACAACAUGCCAAUGAUUUACAUAUGGUGUUUGUCGAUAUGAAAUUCAACCCACAGUUCUCUUUGAUUGGUGCUGGAACAUUGGCAAGUGAAAUGAUGGAAGACUGUAAUGAUCGUGAUGCCAUUAUCAUCCCACUUAGAAUGUAUAGUGUUGGUUGGAGUUAUGUCUCUGCUAUCUCUUUGUUUUACAAAAUCAAACAACCAAAGAUGAAAACUAUUGUCGUUCAAAUGAUUGAAGAUUUAAAAGGAUUAUCAAAUUCAUUGUUUGCGUUUCAACAAACUAUAGAAAUUGAAGAGAGUAAUCAAAAAAACGAUCAAGACUUGAAUUAUAAUGUCAACUCAAAUUGUACAACUCCAUUUUAUUCACCCCCUUUAUCCCCUUCUUCUUCUUCUUCUUCUUCUUCAAAUUUAAAUAAUUAUAAUAAUAAUAAUAAUAUCAAUAAUAAUAGUGUUGAUAUUGAAGGUAAGGAAUAUAAUAGACAAUCACUUUUCCCAGAUAGAGCUGAAAUUGGUUGGUUGGCCCUUAUUAAUGAUCAAUCCGAUCUUACAAACGUUUUUGAUUCCUUUGAUAGUAGAAAUCAAGGAAAGUUUACAGUUGAGGAUGUAAAGACCAUGUUAACAUCUAUGGGUGCCGAUAUUUCAAGAAAUAGUCCAAUCUGUGCAAAAUCAUCAUACAGUCAAACUGAAUUUGUUGGUGAAGUAAUCACACUACAUUUUGCCAGUCUUAGUGGUGGAGAAAAGAUAUUCCAACCAUUCCUAGAACAAUUAUCAUUGGAUAAUUUAUUAUCAAAAAAAAUUAUUGAUCAAUUAGUACCAGUAACAGAAGAUCAAGCAGCUAUUGCUUUUAUUAAAUGUUUGGAAUAUACACAUACUCUAACCAAUGGCAAAGGAUCAAUCGCAUUGGGUGGUCUACUAUCGGGAAACAUCAAAUUAAAGGAAGAUGCCAAGAUUGUUUUGUUAAUAUCUGGAGGUUUUGUAGAUGUAAUUGAUUUCCAAACCAUUUUAAAUUAUGGUUUGGAUAUGAUUGGUCAAAGUUUUGAAAUUACACUCGAUCUACCAGACAAUACAACUGCUCUGACCAAAGUACUUCAGGUAAUUGGUUCCAAUAAUUCAUCGAUUCACGAAGUCAACAUGGAUCGUUCUUGUGAGACUUUAAAGCAGUAUCAUGUUCGUACCACCAUUCAAUGCCACUCUAGAAACUUUGAACAACAAAAGGCAGUAUUUGAUAAUCUCACACUACAAGGAUUCAAAUACACUCGAUCGCCUGCUCCCUACUCCACUCAAUCAGAGUUGAGUAUCAUUUCGCCUCCUCUUCCCCCACCAAUCACACCAAUCAACUAUAAUGAUCGUCCACCAAUGGUCAAUAUCAACAUUGACCGACCACUGCUCAUGGCAAGCACUGGUGUACCACAAUCAUACAAGCGUAGUAUUCAAGACAUUACAGUCAAAUCGAUUAGAGAAGCACAACAACGUAUCAAACACAUCAUGUCACCAACCCCCAUCUAUCACAGCACAACAUACAGUAAACUCUGUGGAUGUAAAGUAACUUUGAUGCUCGAAAACAUCCAAAAGACUGGUAGUUUCAAGAUUAGAGGAAGUUCCAACAUGGUUCUCCGUGCCAUUGAGCAAAGUGAGGAGAAGCCAGUUGGUUUGGUUGCUGCCUCUGCCGGUAACCACGCACAAGGAGUAGCAUUGAUUAGUUCAAAGGUCGGCCUUCCUUGCACUAUUGUUUGCCCAGAAUAUGCCCCCGACUCUAAACUCUCAAAUACCACUCAAUAUGGUGCCGAAGUCAUUAAAAAGGGUAAAUCUUUGGAAGAGGCUGUCAAGUUGGCAGAAUCUAUUUGCAAAGAGAGAGCAUGGACGUUGGUGCGCCCAUACAACGAUGUUGAUGUCAUUGAAGGUCAAGGUACUAUGGGUUGCGACAUUUACGACAAAGUUCCAGAUGUAGAUACCGUCUUGGUCAAUGUUGGAGGUGGAGGUAUGAUUGCAGGUAUUGCCUUGUUCUUGAAGCGUAUCAACCCCAACAUUCGUAUCAUUGGUGUGCAAUCAGUCAAUGUAUCCACGUUGGCCGAUUUCAAACAAACCAAUCAAUUACGUUAUAUCGAGCCCGCAGUCCUCUCCUUGGCCGAUGGUACCAACGUCAAAAUGCCAGGUGGUGUUCACACUCAGGUUCUUCACGAUCUCGUCGAUGAGUACGUCACAGUCAGCGAAAAUGAGAUUGCCUCUACCAUUGUCCAUCUCAUGUACAAUAGUCGUACAGUGUCUGAAGGUGCUGGUUGUCUUGGUUUGGCUGCCCUUCUCCACCACAAGAUUCAAGUCAGAAAAGAUGAACGUGUCGUUGUGAUUAUCUGUGGUGGAAACAUUGAUAUGUCUACCCUUCGCCAAGUCUAUGAAUAUGGUCUUCGUAGUUUGGGUCGUUCCUUUACCAUCCAUCUCACGACGUGGGAUUAUCCAGGUAAUCUUCACAAAAUUAUCUCAUUGGCCGCCAGAGCCGAACUUAAAGUCAGAGAGAUUAGACACAUUCGUGGAACAGGUGACAUUAAUUGGAACGAGGUCACCAUAUCCCUCUCUUUCUACUCUAAUUCUUUCCAUCAUCAAAACUUUUUCCUUUCUCUCUUGGUCGAGGAGGGACUCUUCCCCAAGGUGAUUGGUCGUAAAUAUAUCAAAGAUCACGAUACUGUCUACCAAAUCUUUGACCGUUCAGGUGAACAAAAACAAAAGCAACUACAAGAAACCUUUAAAGAAAGACAAAUCGCUUUUCUUGAAACUUAUGGUAAACAAGCAAAUACAAGUACUUUACUUUAA